AUGUCCGACUUUGACCCCUUCGACCCAGACGACGAGGCCGGAAUCGUCAAACCCUAUGGAGGCAUCCACGAGGCCCCCGAGAUCCAGGACGAGGAGGAGCGCCAGGAAAUCUACCUCAACGCCGUCCAGAACCUCACCAACGCGCUCGGAGGAUGGGAGUUCGACCCAGAAGCCGACGGCGGCAAGGGCGCCACCAUCUACCGACCAGGUGACUCGGUGCUCCCCGUUCUGAAGGAUCUGAAGAAGAUGUGGCGCAAGGACGAUACCGACGACGAGCGCACGGUGGCGCGCUGCAUGCACACAGCGGGUCUCAUGAAGGAGCUGGUCUCGCUGGUGUGCGAGGUCACGAUGCGAGGAGAGUGGGGACGCAAGGUGUCCUUAAUGGCUUUCGACCUCAUUGCCGCUCUAACUUGGCCCAUUGACGUCGCGCAGGAGCUGAAGGAGAUGGAGGACGAGGGUCCGAUUGUGACCGACUAUGCCUCGCUACUCCGAGCACAGGUCGAGUACAAGGUGAGCUCCUCGUUCCCCCAAAGCUAUCUGACGCUUCAGGCUAUCAUCAUCGGAAGUGACACGUUGCGCUCUCUUCUGUCGAUCCUCGUGCCGAUCUUUGCCAAGGAGCGGCGAAACGACAAGGAUGAACGGAUCAUCUCCCUUGGUCUCCACAUUGUACGCAACCUGCUUGCUAUCCGUGACGUUGUCGCUCCGGACUCAGCGACGGGCGAGAAGGAGGAGCUGUCCACUCUUCAGCUCGACAAACUCACUUACCUCGAACUCUUCAUUACGCUCGCGUCGCAGGCCGACCGGAUGGAGUUCAACCCGUACAACAUGCUCGUGCUCGACUGCUUGCAGCUAAUCUUCCGGUGUAUCAAGCCCGAGCAGCUCGUGAAGGAUCCGGAGCGUGCGCCAGUGGAGAACCUGACGAAGCUUCUUGAGGGCGAGAAACGGCAACGGGCGAUCACAUCGCAGCAUCGUGGAUCACGACAUUCGCGGUUCGGAACAACACUUUCAGCAAGAGCGAGGAUUGUUCUCCACUCCCAGAACGCGAUCGUCGAGGAUGUGGGUAAGGCGCUGGACAACAACAAGCGCAAGCGAGCAGCGCGGCUAAAGCGCAUGUGCAAACGCGCUGCGGGUCACACAAAAGUUUGCGCGCGAGUUCCUGGAGGGCUGCUUCAACGCAAGGUGCGGCCGGCCGACACGAUCCGAGCGUUGUUCGUCGCUGCCUACUCUAUGGAGUAUCUCAUUCUGCUCCGAAAGAAGGCUCUCCCGAAGGCGGAGGAAGAGGCGCUCAAGGCCGUUAAGAACGGAACGCCGGUGGCCGAGGUCGAGCCUGCUAGCGUCAAAGUCGACCGCGAGCUGCCCCUUGGCUGGACGAUCGAGAUGGCAGACCUCGACAGCCUUCUCUUGAUCGACAACAUGGCGCGCUCGCACGACGAGGAGGAAGCCAAGACGGCCGAGGUGCUCCAGAACCAGCUGUACUACAACGGUGACAUUCUCGAUGCCGCUCUCGAAGUCGUUGGUCGAUACAAGGACCAGUCCAUUGCAUAUCUCGAGUCCGUCAUCACGUUCGCCUACGUCCUGCUCAAGAUGCUCGAGCGCUACUCCAAGAACAAGCAAUUCAUGUUCGUGAAGAGGGCGACGAAGCGGAGGAAGAACAAGGCGCAGACUGACCGGGACGGUGUCGCUCCUGUGCCAGAGGAGUACGAGAAUGAGUCGGAGGACGAGGGUAUCCCCGCCGACGACGCGCCUUCGUACGCCGAGCACACGUUCACGUUCACCAAGUUCGAGAAGAAGUUCGCGUCCGAGGGCGUUUCCAACACUCUGCUUGCGUACCUGCAGCGGUACAAGGAGCUGGAUAACGACAAACUGCGCCGCGUCGUUGGCAUGAUCCACAGGCAAGUCGUCAAGGCGCAGGCCGAGGGACUGUACUUCCAGGUCUCGUCGCUCGCGCUCUUCCGCGACAUCAUGGACAACAAGAUCUCGCUCCCGCCCGGAGAUGCUGCGCGCGACCUGAUCCAGCUCGUCACGUUCAUUUCCCGCAAGUUCUUCAAGCGUCUGCAGGAGGACCCCUUCCUCAUGAUCGAGGCGCUCAUGCCCAAGACGAGGGGACGGUGGAAGGAGCUCUCGUCGUGGAAGGGAGACGGGGACGACGAGAUGGGCGGCCAGCGGUCCCGUAUUCGCGAGCAGGUGAGCUGGCCAGUGUUUUGGGAAGCUAACAGACAGAUGGGUCCCGCCAGACUCGAGUUCAUCAAGAAGCGCGACCUGUCGACGUCGCAGAAGAUUGGCGCGCUCGUCAAGCACUUUGUGGACAUGGAUCACGAGGACUACAUCAACUGGAUCAUUACGAUUAUGGAAAUCAUCCUCUCAGAGCGCAAGGAGGUCAUCCUCACCACCGACGGCGAGGACGCGCUCGACGAGGACGAGCCAAGCGACGAUGCGCGCAAGAAGAUCCAGAUCUACUGUAAGCUCUCGAGCGCCCUUUCCAAGCUGACAUCAGACUUGCGCCCAUCGGACCCAGCCCACGUCGAUAUCACGAAGAGCGACCCUUACUUCCGCCUGUUGCUCACAACCCUUGGAUUCUGGGACACGACCUCCGAGGCGCCCUCCGAGGACUCAAGCUCAGAGGUCGGGUGGGUCUACCCUCCCUCAGAACUUCCUGCCACUAUCGAGCCCCUCCUCUCAGCGCUGCAGGAGAACCUGGCCUUCCCGCCCACAGACCUGGGCGAGAUGAAGACGCUCGUGCGACGAGUAUACAAGCGCCGCGCGGCCGCCUCCGACUCCGACGAUAGCGACGACGGAGCCGAUAGUGACGGCGAAGGUGGCGUGCGGCCGAAGCGCAAGCGUCGGCGCCGCGGAUCGGACGAACCGCGUCCGCCGAGGAAGAAGGCGCAAGAGGUGCAGUCGUACAAGUCCGCCGCCUUCAUCUGGGACUCGGACGACGACGAGGAAGCCGAUGCGGCCUUCUUCGCGCGCGAGGCGGCGCUCCGUGCCGAAAUGGGCAGACACGGGCAGGAAGCCGAGGAGGAGAUCCGCGCGAUCAUGGAGGGCAAGACGCUCCGCAAGCCGCGCCGUUCUGCCUCUCCGACCUCUCUCGCCGGCGACGAUGGCGACGACGAGGGCAUGGAGGGCAUGCAAGUCGACGAGGAGGCGGUAGAGGUGGACGAGGAACUGCACCAGAAGCGGGCGCGGGAAAAGGCGCUCCGGAAGGCCAUCAUGGCCGAGUGGAUCGAGCACGACGACGACAACUGGCAGCCCCCCGAGCACCCGGAGUGGUACUGGCAAUACGGGUGGAAGGAUGAGGAGGAGUUCCAGCUCCGCAAGGCGGGACUGUGGGACUCGGACGCCGAGGGACCCAAGGAGAUCAAUUCGGACUCUAGUGAAGAUUCGGACUCGGACGAUGACACUCCUGCCGCUCGUGCUCGUGUUCGGCCUGAUGCUACCCCCCGGCGUCGCGCCACGACUACAGCCGACCCCGACGAGAAAGGUGUCGAGGGCGCGGAAGGCAUGAACACGGGGGACAACGAGAACGAGACCCCCGUCUCUGCCUUCGCCUCUGCCCCCGCCUCUGCCCGCUCGCCGUCCAGCGAGGGGGACAAGGAGAACCGGCCCCCCGCACCUGCGCCCAUGCGCGCAAAACUCGCCGCACUCGCUGGGCUCGCUGAGCCGGCGGACUUGCCCAUGAAUGCGGGCGACGAUGACGAGUCGGCGGCGCCUGUUGCUCGCCGUCGCCGCGUCGUGGAGAGCGAUGAUGAGGACUAG